AUGUCCAAACAACCUACAAUCACUGGAUUUUUUAAAAAGUCAGCUGAAGUUUUAGUUGCAGAAAACGAGAAAGUACCAGAACAAGCAGAACCCCAACCGGAAAAUGCAGGUGAACAUAGCGCACAUGUCGAAACCAACGAAAUUGACGAAGCUGCAGGUCCAUCGACAGCGGCUGAUGUGAUUGACAAGCCAACGAUCUGGACGGAUAAAAUGUGGAACGAAAAACAACAACUCUACCCAUGGCUACAGUGUAAGAAUAGAAAACUUGUGUGCAGUUUCUAUAUUUCAGCAAAAGAUCUUGGUCCGCACAGAACACAAGGCUGUUACCCGAGUACAGAAUGGCAAGCAACAAGCGUGACAUAUUACGGGAAUUCGCAAGAAGCUAGGUCAACUUCACUCCGUAAAAAAAUUUACAAACAUUUAAACAACGAUGCACAUAAACGAGCAGAAGAGAUGGUGAAUCAGCAGAAGAAGAACAUCAUGCCUGCGCAUAUGGACGUCAUGAAUACUGAAUGGUUAGAUACAACAAAAAGAGUUUUUCGCACGAGCUAUUAUAUAGCAAAGAAUGAUCGACCGUUAAACGAUAUAGAAGGGUUAGUUGACUUGCAAAUUCAUAAUGGGCUCGAUAUGGGGACUGGGCUGCAUUCACGAUCUUCUGCAACUGCUAUAAUUGACCAUAUUGCAUAUGAGAUGCGUUCCACGAUUUGCAAGACCAUCAAAGAAAACAAAGGGAAAGUGUCCAUUCUGAUUGACGAGUCUACUACUGUGUCUGGUAUUUCAACACUGAUAAUUUACUUAAAAGCUCAACUCGAAAGGUCAGGAGAAGCACAAUUCUUGUUUCUGGACUUGGUGGAGUUGACAAGUGGUCAAAGUGCAAAAGAGGUUCAUACAGCACUACUUGCUUGUUUAAAACGGCAUGGGUUUGACAUGGAUUACUUGCAAGAACAUUUUGUUGCAUUUACAACAGACGGAGCUAGUGUCUUGACUGGAAAGAAGUCGGGAGUCAUGGAGCUACUUAUGAAUGAUUUUCCAAAUCUCAUCACCUGGCACCUUUUUAGAAUCAUCGCCUAG